AUGCUCCGCUGGGCCGCAGCGCGCGGCAUCACCGACAGCUACACUGGCGGGAGCGAGCGGGGUAAUUUUUCCGCCGAUGCCGGGGAACGCGGAGAGGGUAACGAAGCGCGCGCAUGUUUGGGCUCCACCCUGCGCGUGGCGCACUUCAGCGACGGCGGAGGGCGCGGGCUGGCAGCAGUGCGAGCGAUAGAGCGGGGGGAGGUGGUGCUGCACCUGCCACGGCACGCCAUGCUCUCAUGCGCCGACGUCAGGGCAUGCCCUGCCAUGGCUUCGCUGCUGCCUGCAUUCGCACACCUCUCGUCCCACCAGCUGCUCGUGUGCUAUGUGCUGCUGCAGGCGUCCCUGGGAGCGCAGUCGCCCUGGCAUGCGUACCUGCGCUGCCUGCCGCGCUGCUACACGCUGCUCUCGCGCUUCACCCCACAGCACAUGGCCAUGCUGCAGGUGGGGCGCACCACAUGGCACCCGAAGCCUCAACCCCUCAGCCAUGGCCGCCUUGCCGCGGCCUCGCUCAUUCCUUGGACGCACCCUUCACUUCCAACCUGCCUUCUCUUCCUCUCGUCUGCAUCUCCCUGCCCCCCGCCUCCCACCACCUCUUCUUCCCUGGCACGCCCUCGUCCCUGUGUCGCCCACGCCCAGGUGCCAGAGGCGGUGGCGGAGGCGCACGCAGCAGUGGCGGCGGUGAGGGGCGAGUGGCGGGAGGCGAGGCCGCUGCUGCGAGCCAUGGGCGUGGCGGGCAAGUGGCUCUCGUGGGGCGCAUGGUCGUGGGGGCACUGCACGGUGGGUGGGGCAUGGGGCUUCAUCAGGGGCCGUGCCGUGGCGGUGUGUGUGUGGCGGUCGUGGGGGCGCUGCACAUGCAGUGCUCAGCUUGUGCACAGCGUGUCAGCCUGUGCACAGCGUGCGCUGUGCUGCUGUGAAGCACAUGCCAUGCCAUGCGUGUGUGCCGCUCAAGCCACUGGCCCGCCCGCCCAGGUGCUGCAGCACUGUGUGCAGCUCUUCACUGCACCACCUCCUCUCGCCCUCCCUCUGCCUCUGCUCCGCCCUGCCAUGUGCCAUGCCCGCCCCCACGUGCAGGUGUCAUCGCGCACGCUGUAUGUGCCAUGGGACGAGGCAGGUGCGCUGUGCCCGGUGGCGGACCUCCUCAACUAUGAACCGCUCUCCCCCACUGCUCCUGCUGCCCACCCCACACCACCUGCGCCGCCCCCUUCCCCGUCACCAUCGCCGGCUCAACCUUGUUGCGCUCACAUGCCUGGGGACGUGCAUGGCAGUGCAGCACACACAGAUGGCAGCGCAACACAGGCUCAUUCCUGCACAGCACACACAGACGCCAGUGCAGCACAUGCAGAUGGCAGCACGGCAGGUGAAGCAGUUUCAGUUGGAGCAUCCGAAGGCGAGUGCAUGCGGGAUGCAGCAGCACUGAGAGGUUGCGAGCUGUCCUGCUCCCGUGACUGCACUGCUGUCACGCCGACUGUGGCUUUGGGCUGUCAGCACGCCACCCCUGCAGCGCCCACCUGUGCUUGCAGCCCUGCCACACUGCACGCCUCUCCCCGUCCUGCCACACUCACCUCUGACCCUGUAAUGGACGGUGGUGAUCGUGUGGCAGACGGCUGUGAUCGCAUGACAGAUGGUGGGUACAACGAGGAGGCCCAGGCGUACCACAUAUUCGCACGCAGGCGAUUUGAGGCCGGCGAGCAGGUGAGUGGUUGGCAUGGCAGUGCACGUGCGGUUGUGCUGCUCUGCCCGUCCCCAUGGCACUGUUGCAUUGCAUCACGCACCCUGUGCUGCUGUCGCUCUGCACAAGCACCCCCCUCCCCCUCUUUUCCUCCUCCUUCUUCGCAUCUGGUCUCCCACCACCCCCCCUUCCCCCCUGUGUCCGCCCACCCCUGGCAGGUGGUGAUCUGCUACGGCUGCUACAGCAACCUGCACCUGCUGCUGCACUACGGCUUCCUGCUGCCCGCCAACCCACACGACUGCAUCCCCAUGCACCCCCCCUGCGACCCCCACCAACUCGGCAUCCCUCUCCCUGCACCUCCCCCCUGCUCCUCCGCCGCGCACACCACGACGCCCCCCCUGUGUCUGCAAGCGGACGGCACGCCGUCCUUCCUGCUCAUGGCGCUGCUGCGCGUGUGGACCACGCCCUACCGCCUGCGCAGGCGGGUGCGCCACGUGGCGCUCUCUGGUUCGCCGGUGUCGGAGGAGGGUGAGGUGGCGGUGCAGCGGUGGGUGGUGGGCGAGUGUGAGCGGCUGCUGGCGGCGCUGCCCACCACGGUGCAGCAGGACGAGGUGCUGCUCUCACACCUCACGGCGGGAGGGGGGGGCGCGGCGGAGGGGGUGCACGGGACCAUGGAGGGCGCACGGGUGGGAGGGGCGGGGUGUGCGAGCGGUGCUGGUGGUGACAUGGAUGGGGUGGGGUCGGAGGAUAAAGAGGACGGUUGUGGAGCGCAUGAGGGGGGCAGGACGGAAGGGGAGGAGGAGGAGCAGCAGAAGGCGGUGCUUGCUGUGCUGUGGCGGGUGGGGUACAAGAGGUUGCUGCAGCGAGGCAUGGCAGUGGCUCAGCGCGCCCUCCAUGCUGCCUCGCAGCGCAGCUAG